AUGUCUGCAGACGAUGCCCCAUUCCCCCUCACCGAGGUGGACCGCUGGGUUCUGUCGCUCACCGACGAAGAAUUCCCAUACCAUGACUGGGCAGACAUGACCGAUGUUGUUCGCCGGAAUGAUCUCUCCAAGUUGAAGCGCAAGCCGUCAGAUCUGCGGAGAUAUAUGAAGUGGACCGCAGAGACCAAGGCAGAGUACGGCAGCAUGACCAACUAUCUACUUUGCCAUCGCCUCCCAAGCACAUGGGGCAAACCACCUUUCAUUCCUGCGUCCUUGGUUCCGUUUGAGAACCCUUCGGACUAUCGCGUCCUCAUCAAUGACUGGCCGUACGGCAUCACCAGCGACAUGAGACACAUCGUGGUCUGGACCAGGACCAUCAUCGAGACGGACAAUACCGUGGGCGACAUGACGCCAGAGAGUCGCCGCCUGGUGACGGACUUCGUCCGACGCUUUUUCAUUGAUCGGCUGGGUCCAGGCGGAGAGGACAAGGUUCUCUUCUUCAAGAACUGGGUGGCCCUUCAGAGCGUGAGGGCGCUUGAACACAUCCACGUAAUAGUGCGCGAUGUUCCCGAAGAGAUCGUGGACGAGUGGACUAUGGAGCUCGAAUGCCAUCGCCUCCCGAACUGA